AGCUACCCGAAGGAUACCCCCGAUUCGGUAGUCGAGCAUGCAAUGGCCGCCAUCAAAGAAGCCGGUGGCAUCAUCACACACGAGUAUAAGAUCAUCAAGGGUUUCGCUGCCACUGCCCCCACCAAGGUUCUCCAGAGCGUCAAGGCUCUAGGCGAGAAGUACAACGCUAUCGUCGAGGAUGACCAGGUCGUGUCCGUCGCUGGAUCUUCCUGAACACAAAAUCCUGUACACAAUGAAAUGAAAUGAGAAAGGAUCAGGCGUUCAUUUGUUCACAGAAACAGCCUACAAGGAUAAGUUAUAGGAUAAUCGGUAUGGGAGCUCAGGACUUGAGGGUAGGAUGGAGGGAAAGACAGGCGCAGGUUGUUUUCGUAAUACUUGAACAAGAGG